UCCCGUCUUCUGAUAUUGCUAACACUGCCGCCUGGAGAGCCCCAGUCGUGCAUACGCAGCGAUUCUCAGAAAUCAUGAUUUUUAUUCAUUUGAAACAAGCCAUGGUCAGGGGGGGUGCGACAAGGAGGAGAAGCAGGGGAGGGUCCUCCUGGUGACGUGGCGUCGCUGUGAAAUCGCAACGUGGACAUCCUCUCUGGAGCAGCCCUACUGGUGGUGCAGCGCCACCACCCUUUGGGCGUUCAACCCACACAUGGCAACGAACCUGCAACAAAAAAUUGGCGCGAAAUAGCCAUGCAGACAUCCUUCCGAGCGGAGGAGUCUGCCUCCAAGGGGAUCGCAAGAACAGCGCAGGUAACCUCCCUGUCGUCUGCGCAUAACGCUCGUCCAGAAGUCUGCUUGCAGAUGCCUCAAACAAUCCUCAACCCAGAGAUCAGAGGUCAAAAAGAAAUAGGCUUUCGACAUCUUGCCAAGACUGGCACGGAGGCGCUGCACGAGACUGCAACGUGCGACGGGAAGGCACCGCGCCGAAUCGAACGGAGCGCCGCGAUGCGACCCGCAAGAGCGCGGCUGCUAGUCGGAGGCCAACAGGCAUCUUGGCCGCUGCUGGGGCCGUCCGACGCGCUUGCAACCCAAUCGGCCGUGCCAAACGCGCCACGCUCGGCGCGCACCAGCGUAGAGCAGAUUCCCAGCGGCCGCCACGGCGCCUUCAACGGCGGCCUGCGCGCACUCCGCGCGCCUGGCCUGCCUCAGGACGAGUCCGCGAGAAUGAUCCUCUCCGUCUCCGCGACGGUGUCGGAAUUUCAAAAUAUCCCGCCUCGAAAACACAUGCCCGCGCCCUGCUGCGCCGAUGCGAGACCGCCUGCGGAGCCCCAGCCAAGGGUAAAGCACAAGGAAGCAUGGAGCGACAUUUUUUUUUCUGCUCCGCAAAGCGUGGCGAGGCCCAGGUGCACGAAGCGUGUGCGCACCAUCCCAGCAGCCCAUCGUAUGUCCAGGACUGGGGGAACUGCGCGACGUCGACCGAGGGCGCUUGUGACCCAGCGUGAGCCCGACCCGCGGACGUUUGCAUCGAGCUCAUGAUGAGUAAGAGGGAGGGACGAGGAGAAGGAGGAGGAGCAAAUCAGCUGGCAGCGUGGAUGCCAAAAGCGGCAGUCACGCGCAUCAUCUGCUCGAAAACCCUGGCGCACGCCAGAAAUACAAAUGCACCGGCCGCAAGAGAAAGAGGAGGAGGAGAGAACUGCGGGACGGAGGCUUGGCUGUCGACGCAGCGUCGCAUCGCACAAAUGACUCGCAAGCACAUUGGAAAGGCCAACCGUGCUUUUCGUUGUGUGUCUCGCGAGACGGAAUCUACGACGGCUCCGCCUCCACGAGCUCUGGCCCGUCGCUCGCUGGAAGGAUGCCGUACGUAUUUAGGGUAGGAUGCGAGGAGAAGUAGUGCAUCUUGAUGUGCUUGAUGUUGGUGGCCUUGACCGCCUGGAUGGAGUAGCACGUGCGCACAAAACGCAGCAGGUGCGGGAAGUCGGCGAGCCGCUUGUGGCUCGUCUUGAAGUAGACGACAUACACCGGGUCAAAACGCACAAGAGUCAUGUACAAGCGCAGGUCGAUCCACCGGAAUUCGGAGCCUGUCAAGAAAGCCGUCCCACUUUUGGCCAAUAGCGCCUCGAGGCGAUCGAGGGAUGCAAACAACUCCGCGUGCGCCCGGACAUAGGCCUCUUGAGUGCGUGCGAAGCCGCAACGAUAGACGCCGUUGUUGACAGUCGGGUAGAUAUAAGAGUUCAGCUCCUCCGCCGCCGCCGCCUCAGCUUUGUUGAACAGCUUGCGCUCGGGGUGCUUGCACCACUCAUCGAAGGCACUGUCAAGCAUCUGCAGGAUCUCCAUGCUUUCGUUGGAAACGAUGGUGUCCUCCUUCUUGCACCAGAGAACAGGGGUGCUGUACUUGCCCGUCUGAUCGUUCGCACGCUCGUACAGCUCGCGGAUGGUUUUGCAGCCAUUGACAGUGUCGGGGAUGCACGCGUCAUCGCAUUCGAACGAACCGUGGCCGAGCUCGUUGGUCACUGGCGCGUCACCGGGAGCUCUGAAGUGCCAGCCAGUGUGUAGAUCUUCCGGAUCGUCACAGCGGGUGCGGCGCCAAGUCGGAUGGACCACGGAGACGCUGAUGAUGUCCUCGAGGCCCUUGAACUUGAGUGCUGUGAGACAACCAUUGGCCCAUGGGCAACCGAGCGCCACGUACAGAUGGUACCGGCUGGCCUCAGGCUCGAAGCGUGAUUCUGGUGCAACUCUAUUGCUGAAGCCAGCAGCCGAUCGCUGGAAAUCGCCCUUGCUGUCAAUCUCAUCAAGUGCUGUGUGUGCCUUGACCAUGGUCACGAUAUCAACCUAUGAAAUACUGUCUGCUGCGGAAGCCAGAGACGGCUUGAGCCAAAAUGGCUUGAGCCAAAAUGGCUACGGA